AGGCAUUCUACCCCGCUAGUUUCCUCCUCGCCGAGUUGUCUUAUUAUUCCGGCAGACCAACGUUAUGAACAAAAUAUGGGCCCCGCUCUGACUAAUUAAGCUUAUCCAUACCCCUACAAGAUCAUUGCCAAAAAAUUUGCCCAUCAGUGUUCUACGCCCUUUCACCAGUGAUCUUACCCAUAUAUGAGUUGUUCGACUGCUCCCACCUCGCCUGGGGAGGUAAGUCACAGUCUCACUCAGAUAAAGCUAAAUGGCGUUAAUGUCUUCUUUGUUUCGCAGAACAGCACUUCAACGACCUCCAUGCCGAAAUCCUACACAUACAAUUUCACGGCGAUGGGCGUCCUCAUCGCCGACAUCGCCGGAGGGGAAGGAAGGAAGGACUAUUGAGAAGAUAUUGGUGGCGAACCGUGGGGAAAUCGCUUGCCGGAUCAUGAGGACGGCGAGGAGGCUUGGAAUCCGGACAGUCGCCGUCUUUAGCGACGCUGACCGUGGCGCUCUCCACGUGGAUUAUGCUGACGAGGCCAUACGUAUUGGACCGCCUCCUGCUCGCUCUAGCUAUCUCAAUGCAUCGGCUAUUAUUGAGGCCGCACAUCGAACUGGAGCUCAGGCUAUACACCCCGGAUAUGGUUUUCUUUCAGAGAGUGCUGACUUUGCCCAGCUUUGUGAAGCUGAGGAACUUAACUUUAUAGGUCCUCCAGCAUCUGCCAUUCGUGAAAUGGGUGACAAGAGUGCAUCAAAGCGAAUCAUGGGUGCAGCUGGUGUACCACUUGUGCCUGGUUAUCAUGGUGACCGACAAGAUAUUGAUUUCUUGAAAGCAGAAGCUGAAAAAAUUGGCUAUCCCAUUUUGAUAAAGCCUACACACGGUGGAGGAGGAAAGGGGAUGAGAAUUGUUCAAAGUCCGGAUGAAUUUGUUGAUUCUUUUUUGAGUGCACAACGUGAGGCUGCUGCUUCUUUUGGAAUAAGUACAAUUUUAAUCGAGAAGUACAUCACUCAACCCAGGCAUGUAGAAGUUCAGGUUUUUGGAGACAAGCAUGGAAAUGUCAUCCAUUUAUAUGAGAGAGACUGCAGCGUGCAAAGAAGGCAUCAGAAAAUAAUUGAAGAAGCACCUGCUCCAAAUGUUGUCAAUGAGUUCCGUUCUCACCUGGGCGAAGCUGCUGUUGCUGCUGCAAAGAAGGCAGUUGGCUAUUACAAUGCUGGAACCGUGGAGUUUAUUAUGGAUACUCUUUCUAGCCAAUUUUAUUUCAUGGAGAUGAACACCCGACUUCAAGUUGAACAUCCUGUAACUGAGAUGAUUGUCGGGCAAGACCUCGUGGAGUGGCAAAUCCUUGUUGCAAAUGGUGAAAUUCUGCCUUUGACUCAAUCAGAGGUGCCCUUAAAAGGGCACGCCUUUGAGGCCAGAGUAUAUGCAGAAAACGUUUCCAGGGGCUUCCUACCUGCAACUGGUUCACUACAUUACUACCAUCCAGUGUCCAUUUCUCCAACUGUGCGAGUUGAAACAGGAGUGAAGGAGGGAGACACGGUUAGCAUGCAUUAUGAUCCUAUGAUAGCUAAGCUCGUAGUGUGGGGAGAAAAUCGCCAAGCAGCAUUAGUCAAACUGAAGGACUGCUUGCUAAACUUUCAGGUUGCAGGUUUGCCAACUAAUAUAGGUUUCCUACAUAAAAUCGCAAAUCAUUGGGCUUUUGAGAAGGGCCUAGUUGGAACACAUUUCAUUGAGCAAUUCAAAGAGGAUCUAUUCAUUGAUUCAGGUGUUGAUAUAGCGGCUGGGACAUCUGCUGCCUCCAAACUUGGGGCGGCACUUGUUGCUGCAUGCAUCUGUGAAAUGGAUCAUAAUUCCUACAAGGAAAAUUUUCCUGGUGGGGACAAAUUGCUUUCAUUAUGGUAUGAUAAUCCACCUUUCCGAAUGCAUCACUCUGCCAAACGUUUGAUAGAGCUGGAGUGGGAGAAUGAACUCGAAGGAAAAUGCCUAGAACUCUUAAAGCUGACCAUUACCUGUGUAUCCAAAGGAGGAUAUUUAGUUGAGUUUGAAGGUGGCGAUUCCCCUGUCAUGGAGAUCAAAGUCGUGCAUUUGGGUGAAUGCAAAUGCAUUGUUGAAGCUGAUGGACUGAGCACCCACGUUACUUUGGCACGGUAUUUCAAGGAUAAUUGCCAGCACAUACAUAUAUGGCACGGGCAGCAUCACCAUCAUUACCGAGAACCUGUGACUCUUGAUCGUUCUGAUGAUGAUGCGAGUGACCAUAAACCUAGUUUUCAAACGGCUUCACAUCCUAAAGGGAGUGUGUUGGCACCUAUGGCUGGUUUAGUGGUCAAAGUUUUGCUAGAAAAUGGUGCAAAGGUGGAGGAAGGACAGCCAAUUUUGGUACUUGAGGCCAUGAAAAUGGAGCAUGUUGUCAAGUCUCCUCGUGCUGGUUAUGUUGAGGGGCUUCAUAUUGCAUCUGGCCAACAAGUCUUUGACACUAGUGUUCUCUUCACUGUCAAGGAUUAGCGACUAUCAUUUCUUCUGGAAUAUAAUACUUCUGGACUUCAACCACAUCUGCAACUGCACCUAACUACGGAGGUCUUUGGCACACAGGCUGAGAGAUAAAUGGCAGGAAUUGGCCCAAGAGACUUCAUAUCACUUUUCUCAGCGUUCGUAAGCUUCAAUAACAUAAUCUUAAAAAAUACUUUGAUUUUGAGUAUCUCAAUGCGCCAAUAAUUUUUCAUGUGGUAAAUUCUUUUUAAACUUCUGCUUUGCUUGUCAAAUAAUGUAGCCAAAACAUGAUCAAAUUCUUCUUAUUUGACUCAUUAAUCACAAAAUAUUUUAUGGUUC